GGAAGUGCUCCACGAAGUUCCAUCGACUGUCGAGGACGAGUCCUAGGUACUUCAUCGUCGUCCCGACACCGAUGGUAACCCCUCCUGCCGUUAUUUGGGACCCACCCAGAGGUGGCGCGUUCCCGCGGCCAUGAAAACACAUGGCCUCGGACUUGUGGAGCGCCACCUCGAGUCCCAAUUGCCGGAUCCUUGCAACGACCGUCGCAACCGCUCUCGCCAUAAAAUUGGCCGCCGCCUGGUGCGACCUCCCGUGCGCUAGCACCAGCGUGUCGUCGGCGUAACAGACUACGCUGACGCCGUUCGGGAGGUCGGUGCGCAGCACCCAGUCGUAACCGAUGUUCCACAGGAGCGGCCCCAAAAAAAGGACCUUACCUAUGGCAUUCAGGCACAAAUAUUAUAAUGUGAGUUGCAUUAUCGACUGCCUUGAAAUUGAGAUCCAAAAGCCAUCUAAGGCAAUAAACCAAGCUCUGACAUGGUCUGAAUAUAAAAAAACAAAUACCAUAAAAUAUUUAAUAUCAUGCACACCAAAUGGAUUGGUUAAUUAUAUUUCUCCUGGAUUUGGAGGCAGGACAACUGACACAUGUGUAGUGGAAUCAUGUGACUUUGUGAAAUCAUUAAAAAGUGGUAUGGUUGUUAUGGCAGACAGGGGCUUUAAGCAUGUAGAGCAGUAUCUCAAAAAAUCAAAUAUUACAUUAGUAAGGCCUCCAAGCGUUGAAACAGGAGUGAAAAUGAGCAAAAGUCAAGCAAAGCUAACCAAACAGAUAGCCAGCUUGAGAAUACAUGUAGAAAGAGUUAUUCGGCGCUUACGUGAAUUUUAUAUGCUUAAACCACAUGCAUGUGUUAAUUUAAAACAUGUAAAAAUACUCGAUGACAUAGUAAUCAUAGCCUGUGCUUUAAUUAAUUUGCAAGAUUCUUUAGUAAAAUAAAACAAAAUUUCAAAAUUAUUUCUUUUUUAUUCAAAACAUAUAUUAUGAACCUACAUACACACACUUAGUCUAAGUCUACACUUUGAUGAAUAAAGUGUAAGAUUUAUUAUUUUAUAAAAUACUAGCGGACAUACAUACAAAUACAAGAAAUAUAUUGUCGGUGAUACUCAUAGACUCACUCAUAAAUUUGAAUCUUUCUGUUCAGUCUAAAUUUGAAUCACUGUUAGUUACGCAGUUUA